AUGGCGUAUAAGUACAUCCUCACAUCGGAACCACGUAGUGGUGUUCUGCAAGUUCAAUUGAACCGUCCAAGGGCCUUUAAUGCAUUGAAUACACAGAUCAUAAACGAGCUAAAGGACGCCAUUGGUCAAGCAGAUAGAAAUCCUGAUCACUUUGGUGCAGUGGUCAUUACUGGUGAUCACAAUGCCUUCGCCGCUGGCGCUGACAUUAAAGAGAUGGUUGGAUUAACGUCUCAAGAGGUCCUGAAAAGAAACCUCUUGUCCAAUUUGGACAUUAGCGAAUUUGGUGUUCCAAUCAUUGCCGCGGUGGAGGGGUUUGCCCUUGGUGGAGGUUGUGAAUUGGCUAUGAAUGCAGACAUCAUCUACGCAUCCACUAGUGCACAGUUUGGACAGCCAGAGAUCUUAUUGGGCGUGCUGCCAGCAGCUGGAGGUACACAGAGGCUGAUAAGAGCAAUUGGUAAGUCACGUGCGAUGGAGUUCAUCCUCACCGGUGAUACCUUUUCAGGUGAAGAAGCCGAGAGGUGGGGGUUGGUAUCAAAGGUAUUUGAGCCCGGCACGGUGCUUGAGAAUGCACUAGACUUGGCUGAAAGGUUGGCCGAUGGUCCAAGGAUAACAGCCAAAGCGUGCAAAAAGGCAGUGAACACAGCCAAUGAAACAGGUCUAACCAAUGGAUUGUCCGUUGAGAAAUCGUUAUUCUACGCACUUUUCGGCAAUGAUGAGCAGAAAGAAGGAAUGGGCGCGUUUAUUGCAAAGAGACCACCAAAGUUCAAUUCAAAGCUGUAG